AUGGUCAACGAUAAGUGGCUAGAGAUGAUGCCUCAGACUACCAUUACUCAUCUACCCUCUGUGGGUUCAGAUCACUGCCCCUUACUGCUGGAGAUGAUUGAUCAAAACCAACAACACACCAAAUAUUUCAAAUUCCUUAACUGCUGGACAGAACAACCAUCUUUCUUGGAUACUGUUAGUAAUUGCUGGAACAGGACCAUGGAGGGUAAUCCAAUAUGGUGUUUCCAUCAGAAAAUGAAGAGGUUGGCAGCCACUCUUAGUACUUGGUCCAGAUUGCAAUUUGGUGAUAUAUAUGCCAAAGUUAAAGAAUAUGAAGACAAGACUAGACAUGCAGAGGAAGAGCUAAUCUCUAGUAAUUCUGAAGAGAACAGAACAAAGCUCCAUGCCAUCAAUGCAGAGUAUAUAAAAUACCUGAAACUGGAGGAAUCCAUGCUAAAGCAAAAAACUCAGUUGCAUUGGUUCAAAGAGGGUGAUGUGAAUUCCAAGUAUUUUCAUGCCUUGAUAAGAGGAAGGAGGAGGAAAUUAUACAUCCAUGAGAUCCAGAAUGAGGAUGAUAAUUGGGUACAAGGUGAAGAAAACAUAGCCAAAGCUGCAUGUGAACACUUCCAAGCCAUUUUCACUGGUGAGGAGACACAAAUUCAGGAGCAUACCCUCCAAUGUAUUCCUAGGAUGGUCACUGAGAGCAUAACAGAAACCUGA